AAAAAAAUGAGCGCGGAUAUUUCGAAUUCAUUUCAUAAUCUGCGCCAGAAUGCUCGAUCUAGUCAUUACUCAGCCGCCAACUUCCAGCCACUUAUAACUACUGUGAUUUCCAUUCAUCGUUACAUUCCUGACCCUACUGUCUUCAAAGAUCUGUACAAAGAUAGCUCCGAUGUGUAUGACAUUGUUAUCAGUGAAGAUGGAUAUAAAAUGAAAUGUGUCCUCGGGGCCGGCCUUCAUGAGUUGGUGCAGAAAAAUAAGUUGAGAUGUGGGGUUAUGGUUGAGCUGACAGAUUGUGUGCUACACUUUGAUGAGGCUGACCUUGCUGGCGGAGGUUAUGUCAUUAUCAACCAACUCACUAUCAAGCCUACCUCUUCAACAAUAGACUUGGACUACAGUGCUAUCCAGUGGUUAGAUGUAUGUUCUGAUAGAGAGAAGGAAGACCUGCCUCUGACUGGUAGACGUGGCUACUAUCUGCCUCUCUGGAACUCUGAAGACUGCCAGGGAGAAAUAUGGCAGCAAACAGUUGAACCAAAGUACCAUCAAAAUGGGAUAAAUACAAAAGAUGUUAUAUCUUUGAGAGAUCUUAGUGACACAUGGAAGAAACGCAAAAGACCCUAUCCUCCACUUUUAGUGAGAGUUAUGCACAAAUCUAGGCCUCUACACUAUGGGAAAAAAGACAGGGGUGAUAAGUGGCCAUAUCAGGUUUAUAUUGAAGUAGGGGACAGAUCUGGUACAUGUACAGCAGUGUUAUGGAACUCUCUCUGCCCAGAACUUUACUACAGCUUAGAAGAUGGAAGUGUGCUACGAUUGCACAAUUAUACAGUGAGAGAGCAGUUCCAAGUGCGAAGUAAACCCACCCUAAGGAACACUACCAUGGAGAGGUUUAACAUUGAAAUUGGACUGAAUAAACACCAUCCCCAGGCAGAUGUAACAUUCGUUCACCAUAGGAAUCUCAAAACAAAGUGGAAUCUACCUCCACUAAAAUAUAAUUUCAUAUCCAGAAAAAAUAUCAGUGGUCUACCUCAGGACUUUAAUUGUGAUGUCAUAGGACUUGUCACUCAUGUUGGCCAAUUCGAAAGAGAGCGGAAAAAAGCUAAAGAUGGCACCAGUUGUGGCCAUCAAUUCUGGUUGAAAAGAUGGAUUCAGAUAAAAGAUGGCAGUAGUGAUAAGCCACUAUUUAUUGAGCUUUAUUCUACAUCACAGUGUGAGGUCCACAAUGAGCUUUGGAGAGGGAACAUUGUGGUUCUUACUCAGAUGAGAGUCAUGCACUCUACAGAAUCAAUGAAGAACUCAAGGACUCACAGAAACAUUUAUCUGACUACUACCAAUGAGUCAAAGGUUUAUUCUGCAACUGCUGACAAUGAAUAUAAACCAUAUGAUUCAUAUGAGAAGACCCCUGAGUACAAAAACUUGCUUUCUUGGAUUUCGAGCAACAGGGAUUUCCUGAAAAAUAGCAUAACGCUAGGAGGAACAAGUGUCUAUCCUACUCUACCAACAACUUUGGGGGAUUAUAAAGCACUUUAUACAGAUGAGGACACAAUAAAGGUGACUCCACUGAAUGAACUUGAAGCAGUGAUAAAAGACCUGAAGUACCUAGAGCACAAGAGAGUGCACAUACAAGGUCAUAUUGUCCACAUUGAAUUUCUACCAGCUAGUGCUUCUCAACCCGACCAACUACCAGACUUAGUUUCUCCUAUUGCUGGAAGAGUCAGAUCAAAGCGUAAAGGACAACCAAUUACAGCCAAAGAAACUCAAAGUUCAGCAAAGAAAUCCACACCUGAGGGUAGUGAACAAUGCAAUAAGGAGAAUAUUGUCAUGGUGGAUCCAAUCUGGAAGAAUCUUGAAUCAUCUUCUAUAGGAACACUAGGAUCAAAGCCUGGUCCAUAUGUGUACACAUACCAGUAUACUCAAGCUCACAGGCUUCUGUUGAACGAACACUUCCAGCUUCAACUCUCAUCUGGUGUGCCCAACAAUGUGGAGGGGUCUUUGCAUGAUUUGCAGCCCUAUGACACAAUAGGAUGUCUUUGUUUUACAAUACUUGGACUUAAUGGAGAGGCGGUGGUUAAAGCCAGUCUCCCCCUCAGCUCAAAGGUCCCAAGUACCACCACUCUAAAAGAUGUAUUGACUGGGAAUACCCUUACAGAUGCUUCUCACACAUCCACUCUCAGUGUGAAGGACGUACAACAUUUAUUGAAGUGCACUGAAGAUGUCUUCCUCCAUUUUUGCUCUAGCCUUUCUUUUAACGUCAGAGUAGCAUGUGGCAAUGAAGAUGGCACGACGGGAAACUUUGGCCCAAUUGAGAUAAACAUUUACCCAGAACAAGGUUGGCAGCCAAAGAACUACACUGUUUACACGUUUAACGAUGGCGACUGCUUGUUCGAGGCACUAUACGGCUUUACGUACCCGGUGUUCAAUAACGACGCUGGUGCGUCACGUUACAGUAAAGUUAUUCCAGCUCAAGCGUACGUGAACGUAGACGAUGCAUCUGAACAGUGUGGGGCUAUACGCAAGACUAUGGCUGAUAUUGAGGUGGCAGUUGUUGUAAUGGAAGGUACGAUCCUGAAAGCCAGUGACAAGGUCUUCAAUGUGCGGUGUUCGUACGGAGGGGAAGAUUCGGCAACUGGGAGUGUUGCAGCGAGUGGCAAAUAA